AUGAAACCUAAUUACAAACCGGUAUUUUUUAAACCUCGACCAGUACCAUUUGCUUUAAAAGAAAGAAUAGAAACUGAACUUAAGAGGUUAGUUGCAGAAGACAUCAUUGGGCCGGUGACAUAUAGUGAGUGGGCUACACCAAUUGUUCCUGUUAUCAAACAGAAUGGGAACCUACGAAUCUGUGGCGAUUAUAAGGUGACUAUCAACCCGGGACUAAAAAUUGAGCAAUAUCCUUUACCCCGUAUCGAGGACAUUUUUGCUGAACUGUCAGGAGGGGAGUUCUUUACUAAAAUCGACUUAUCUGAGGCAUACCUUCAAAUGUUAGUUGAUGAGCGGGACCGACAUCUAUUGACGAUCAACACUCACAAGGGUUUGUUCCGUUACAAGAGAAUGAAUUAUGGUAUAGCCUUAGCUCCGGCAGUGUGGCAGAGAGCCAUUGAACAAGUUUUAUCAGGCAUCGCGGGGGUACACGCAUUUUUAGACGAUAUUACCGUAACGGGGAGAAAUGAUCAAGAGCAUUUUGAAAGGUUAGAAUUAGUAUUACAGAGACUAGAAGAAUAUGGUCUCAGAGUAAAUAAGCGGAAAAGUGAAUUUUUUAAGAAAUCUGUGAAUUAUUGUGGUCAUACAAUUGAUAAAUUCGGCCUCCACAAAACACAAGAAAAAAUCGAUGCAAUUACGAAGGUACCAGUUCCAAAAACUGUAUCUGAUUUGAAGAGUUUUUUGGGUUUAGUCAAUUACUACGGAAAAUUUAUUCCCAACUUAUCUACUCGUGUCGCUCCUUUCAAUAAUUUACUGCAGAAAGGUACUAAAUUUUUGUGGACUGCAGAAUGUGAAAAAGCUUUCAAGGCAUUGAAACAAGAAAUUGCUUCAGACCGAAUUUUAUGCCAUUAUGAUCCUAAGUUACCUCUUGUAUUACAAACUGAUGCAUCACCAGUUGGAAUAGGAGCAGUUUUAAGUCACAUUAUGCCAGAUGGUUCGGAAAAACCAGCCAUGUUUGCAUCAAGGUCAUUGACUAAAACGGAACGUAAUUAUUCGCAGAUAGACAAGGAAGCAUUGAGUAUCGUAUGGGGAGUAAAGAGAUUUUAUCAAUAUUUAUUUGGUCGACAUUUUGAUCUCGUAACCGAUCAUAAACCCCUAGUAUCAAUUUUCGCACCUAAUCGUAGUUUACCAUGUCUAUCAGCAACACGAAUGGUUCAUUAUGCACUUUUUCUCCAAGCAUUCAGUUAUACAAUCAAGUAUCGAAACACAAAGAAUCAUGGCAAUGCCGAUGCACUUUCACGGUUACCACUAACAGUUGACAAGGACUGUGAGUACUUGACUGAAGGAGAGGUGACAAAUAUUUCGCAAGUUGAAUUAAUGCCUGUUACAGCAAGUGACAUAGCUAGAGCUACUAAAACUGAUAGGAAAUUGUUCGAACUGUAUGAAAGUUUAAAAUCUGGAACUGAAUUACCUGUGCCUUGGAAAGGUAGAGAAUCUGAAUUUUCAUUGCAAAAUGGUUGCAUAAUGUAUGGUCAUAGAGUAUGCAUUCCUGAAAAGUACCAGAAUCAAGUUUUGGAAGAACUUCUUGUUGGACAUCCUGGAAUUGUCAAAAUGAAGGCCUUAGCUAGAAGCUACUGCUAUUGGCAAGGUUGA